GGUUUAGCCCUUCCCAUGCUAAUAGCGGUUCGGCACACCAACACUGUCACCUACACACCUAACUCAAACCACUCCCAAGUGACACAUACCGGUGUAUUUAUCUAAGAAAUUCAAAUUAUGUUACGUGGUAAUGUUGCGAAACUGAUGUAGUAACAUUGGUACCUAACAACUUCCGUAUCUCCGACCUGAGGAGGUACACGCUCGGUUUCUUCGCCAUGGGGAACUCCUGCAGUAAUCAUCUUGGGAUCCCUCCAGCCAAGGGCCCUAAUGCUGUGGGCUGCACCGACUUCAUGAUGGACCACACUGCACAGGGCAGCUUCUUCCGGCUUUACUAUCCUUGUCAAACGACUGAAAAAGCACAACGACCAGACUGGGUACCGUGCAAGGAGUAUUUUAACGGUCUCACGGACUUCAUGAACAUCAACAGGACUGUCGGUGAAAAGAUUUUCAACCACCUCUUUGGGUCCUUCAAGAUUCCAGCCUCCUUGGAUGCUCCGUUUAAAUCAAAUGUCAAAUGUCCCGUAGUCAUCUUCUCCCAUGGCCUUGGAGCUUUUAGGACUUUGUAUUCAGCCAUAUGUGCAGAAUUGGCCUCGCAGGGCUUCAUUGUGGCGUCCGUGGAACACAGAGACCAGUCGGCCUCAGCCACGUAUUAUUUCCGUGACAAGACCGAGUCAGAGAAGGCAAACAAGAAGAAUGUGCCUAAAACAUCUGGCUCGGCUCAGGAAGACAACUUGGUAAGAGAGUGGAUGUACUACAGGGGUCUGAAGCACGGAGAGAGAGAGUUCCCCCUCCGAAACGAACAGGUGAAGAAGAGAGCCGACGAAUGCAUUCUGGCUCUGGAUAGACUCACCGAAAUCAACUCAGGGACACCGGUGCAAAAUGUUUUGCAAACGCAGUUUGACUGGACGACGUUGGAGAACUCCAUGGAUCUGUGUCGGAUAGCGGUGAUGGGGCAUUCCUUCGGCGGAGCAACCGUGAUUGAAGCUCUGUGCAAAGAGGUUAAAUUCAAGUGCGGCGUAGCGCUGGACGCCUGGAUGAACCCUCUAGACGACGAGAUCUUUCCCCGGGUCAAACAGCCCAUCUUCUUCAUCAACUCAGAGAAGUUUCAGUGGGCGGGGAACAUCAGCCGCAUGAAGAAGCUGGAUUCAGCCGUCAUCCAGAGGAAAAUGAUCACCAUCAGAGGCACAGUCCACCAGAGUUUCCCAGACUUCACCUUCCUCACGGGCAACUGGAUCGGCAAGCUGAUGAAGCUGAAGGGAGAGAUCGACCCGGAGCUCGCCAUAGACCUCUGCAACAAAGCAACACUAGCUUUCCUGCAACGCCAUCUUGGUCUAGAGAUGAACUUUAACCAGUGGGACCCUCUGAUUGACGGCCAAGACGAUCACCUCAUUCAGGGAACUAACGUCACUUUGCUGCAGUCCGCCAUCUGAACGCGUCAUGUCCCUGCACAAUGCAGCCGGGACUGCCUCCUGCGUGGGAGUCAGCGCAACGCUCCCUAAAAUGUCAAGCCGGGCCUACUUGGCAUUUCAAAAACGGACUAAGGAUAACAUUUUUGGAGUAGCAAUAACUAGAGAAGAUCAUCUCUACGUCAUCAGCAGGAAAGAUUUGUUUUCCUUGACAGAUCACGAGGCCUGAAUGUCGCUGAACGCUUCUGUUCGCUGUUCUUUACUUACUAGCAAUUUCUUUGAGAAAUUGCUGCAUCAUUUUUCACCUAUGUGUAUAUGAACAUCAUGUUACUUCAGACAAAUACUGUAUGUCUCCGAGGCUGUUGUGACCUUCCGACAGAGACGAGCUACACAAUGAUUACAGUUUGAUUAUGGAACAAGACCUAUAAUGAGAAACGUAUCCAACCAGUGAAAAUGAAAUGUGAUUGAAUAGGAUACAAAUAUGAAUUAUUGAUUGAUUCAACAGAGAGCGGCUACACAAGUAAACCAGUAUCAUUAAAAGCUUAAACACUAAAAGGUUGCAUCAUGGCAAAAUGUGCCGUAAACUCGCAGUACUGCUCGCCCUGGGUCAGCGUCGGACCUCCACUACUUUUCUACACCUACUGUCUGAAAUAUCUGCCAUUACAGAAAUUCCAAUAAAUCUGGUUUGUAUACAA